AUGUAUGGAAGAACAACUACAACGACACCAAAUUCUACUAUCCUAAAUGGUUCAAAUGAUUACAUGUUACGAUUAGCAGCACGUGAAUUGGCCAAUUCAACAAAUUCAUCGAACAUCGCCUCAACAUCAUCAACAAUUUAUACAACAGCAGCGUCAAUAGCGUUAACGACUUCAAAGGCAAUAGCAGAUAUUGAUACAAAAGGCAUGUAUUCUUUAUUCACUGCACUGGGAACUGAUAUCUCAGCUUUAACAUUAGAUAUGGACCCUGACGUUGAAUUUGUACCGCCACGUCUUCGCGCCUCUAUUAUUAUGGGCGAAGACGUAAAUUUAACUCAUCUUUUGCUGCCUGUUGAUAGUAGUAGUAUCUCAUAUCGAGAUGAAGCUGAUACAACACCGGUUGUUUUACGUGGACCAUCUGAUCCACGUUUGUUGGAAGUUCUAUCAGUUACUAAAUUCGUCGUCGCCUUUGUUCGCUAUGCUUCUAUCGUGGUUUAUGCGCUUCCCUAA